AAGCUGUGGAAACGUCAAAAAACGGGAAGCCCAGUCAAUCCCUUGAAAAUCAUCUUCCUGGGAGAGCCAGGAGUUGACACAGGGGCACUGAGGAAAGAAUUUCUGUCCAGUGGGUAGUUUGCUUUAAUCAUACAUUUAGUUGACAUGUAAAAUAAAAAAAAUAUUCCUAUAUUUCAUUAUUCUAAAAAUACAGUCUGUAUAUGAAAUAUCACAGUUGUACAGUUUUUUUUUCAAAGCCCCUAACUGCCUAGCCUAAUUAUAUUUAAUCCUUUUUUUAAUGGAUUUAGCAAUGGUUGCUGGCAUUGAAAAACGUCUCUUUGAAGGUGAUGCGAAGAAAGGAAAAACACCGAAGUACUCCCUAAAUGAUCUGGACAAUGAGCUGUUCAAAGUUGCAGGUGAAAUAUUUGCUGUGAGCAUUGCGCAAGGAGGACCGCCACCACGGUUUAUGCAAGAGUGGUGUUAUGAAUACCUUGUUACCGGUAACAUCAAAAGGGAUGGUGUACAUGACACAGAGAUAUCACCACUAAUCAAAAUGAUUGAAGAUGCAUCUGACCUGUCCAACUUCACAAAAGAAAUCCUGGACUGUGGCUACACUGGACCGAUCAACACUGACCACAAGGAAAGCAUAUUGAGAGCUCUUGCUCUACAUAUUACUACAAAACGCAUCCCAAUGCUGCAACAACUGAGUGUGGGCCUUGAGCUAUGCGAUCUAAUCAAAGUCAUGCAGAAAAAGCCACAGGAGUGUCAUGAUCUCUUUGUCAUAGGAUAUGAUGAUAAAGUUGACUCACAUUACAUUUUAUCCCACCUGGCCCCAGAGAUGAGCCCAAUUGGUUCGAUUAAACAAGUGAAAGAGUCAAAAAUCAUGGAAUUCUUUCAAGAUUUCCUACUUGAACUUGAAGACACACAGCCAGAAGAUGCAGCAGCAGGAGAAAACUUGUCUGUGCCAAAGAUAAUGCAGUGGAUGACUGGGCAAGCUCACAGGCAUCUGCUUGUGUCAGAAAGGGAGAAGUUUAAAAUAGUGUUUAAAUUUGACCAUUGCUGUCUACAGCACAUGCCAAACCACACUGUGUGUUACCCAAUUGUCAGUGCUUGCACCAAAACCAUAACAUUUCCUGUAGUCCAUAUGGUAGAUUACGAGUCUUUCAAAACACUCAUGCAAACAGCUGUUACAUAUGGGGCAAGCUUUGACAGAGUGUAAUGUAUAUCAAAGCAUUUUAUUUUAUUGCGUUAUUCUUUGUAAAGUUUUAAAGGGGUAGUUCAUCCAAAGAUGUAAAUUCUGUCAUUGAUUACUCCACUUCAUGUUUUUUCAAACCUGCAAGACUUCGGAAUACAAAUGUUUUUAUUGAAAUCUGAGAGAUUUCUUUCCCUCCAUUGACAGCUACAGAACUACCACUUUGAACGCUUCAAAAAGUUAAUAAAGAGAUAAAAACUAAUCCAUAUGAAUUUGGAGUAAACUACUCAAUUGGGGAUAUGAAAUUUCGGAUAUUUAUUUUGAAUAUGGAUAUUUUGCAGUCUUUCUGAAACCUCAAAGUGGUAGCUGUGUUGCUGUCAAUGGAGGAACAGAAAUAUCUCGGACUUAAUUAAAAACUUUCAUUUGUGUUCUGAUGAUAAACAAAAGUCUUACAGGUUUGGAACAACAAGAGGGUGAGUAGUCAACAACAGAAUUUACAUUUUUGUGUGAACUAACCCUUUAAAUGCAUGUAAGGGGAAAUAUAAACUUGUAUUUGGUGUACAUUUAAAAAAGUCAAAUACAUCAGCCAAUUUCUUGUGGGAGCCACAAACAAGUUCUAAUAAAAAUAAGUUCCUUACUG